GAGCGCUGUCCGCCCCCUGUUGGUGCUGAACAGCCCCUGAGCGCGCCUCUCCGCGCUCUCCUUGCCCAGACGCGGGGUAAGGGAGGGCGGCGGCAGGAGGGCGCUGCCAUGGGCGCCGCGGCAGCUCUCCAAAGUUUGCCGGUGCACAGGACGGAGCCCAGCUGAAGGAGGAAGCGCCCGGGAGUCCCCCUGCCCACACGCUGCACGCCUCUCCGCGCGGAGAAGAUGGAAAAUGCCUCCAGUUCCUCAGCAUUCCUGUCAACCUUAUCUGAAGGAGAAGACCUGGUUUUUGGAAGCCUCUACACUCUCUUUGGUGUAGUCUCUCUCUUUGGAAACUCUCUCCUGCUGCUGGUAGCUUAUCGGAAGAGAGCCGUCCUGAAACCUGCCGAAUUCUUCAUCGUGAACCUUGCCAUCAGCGAUGUGGGCAUGACCGCAACCCUCUUCCCUCUGGCCACGCCAUCCUUCUUUGCACACAGGUGGCUGUUCAACCAUGCUAUGUGCACUUUCUAUGCCUUUUGUGGAGUUCUCUUUGGCCUGUGCAGUCUUACCAGCCUGACAGCCCUGAGUACCGUUUGCUGUAUGAAAGUCUGUUAUCCGGCAUAUGGCAAUAAGUUCUCUCCCGCAUGUGCUGGGGCACUGCUAUCCUGCGUCUGGGUUUACGCCCUCAUCUUUGCAGUGGCCCCUCUGGCCAACUGGGGCAGCUAUGGGCCAGAGCCCUACGGGACGGCUUGCUGCAUCAAGUGGAAAGUGUCCACCAGAGAAACAAAGUUCUACAUCGGGGCCCUCUUUGUCUUCUGCUACAUCAUCCCUUGCCUCCUGAUCCUCAUCUCUUACUCCCUCAUCCUGUGGACUGUGAAAGUGUCCCGAAGAGCCGUCAGGCAGCAUAUGUCCUCGCGGACCAAAGCCAACAGCGUCCACACUCUGAUCGUUAAGCUUAGUGUUUCUGUGUGCAUUGGAUUUCUUGCCGCUUGGACCCCCUACGCUAUUGUUGCCAUGUGGUCAGCAUUUGGCGAUGCCAGCCAGGUGCCAGUCCUGGCCUUUGCCCUCUCUGCUGUGUUUGCCAAGUCUUCGGCAACCUACAACCCUCUGGUUUAUCUGUUCUUCAAGCCCAACUUCCAGAAGUUCCUUUCCAAGGACCUGUCCCUGUUGCAAGCUGUCUGUGCCGUCUUCUGCUGCAGCCGGCCGAGGGUUAUCACCCUCCAGUCCUUCCACACCCGAGAUGGCCGGGCUUCCAUGAAGUUCUCCACCGCUUUUACCGACCACCGUGGAUCCUGCAGGAACUGCACGGACACUUUUGAAUGUUUCAGUAACUAUCCCCGGUGCUACAGGCUCACGCCGAAGUCGGACACGACCGCCAAGGCCAAGCCGCUGGCGAUCCUGGCGGACGGAACAACUUGCCGGCCAAGUCUGAAGAGAACCGUGCAGGUCAUGGUGCUCGUGACAAGGAAGAAGACCGGGAUGGGGACAAGAAAUGUGGCUGGGGAUGUUCUGCCUUCAAAUAUUGUCAGAGAUCUUAUGUGAGUGAGGGUUCGAAGGCAGGGGGAGCCCCCUUUCUGCCUAGACCAAUCAGGAAUGUUUGGUUGCCAUUUCAAAAUCCAUUUUUUCUCCAUAUGUAUAGUUGCUUCCAAAGUGUGCUUUGCAGGCUAGGAGAUACUGCAAAUCUUACACCAGCAUUCCUCGCCCCUCUCAGAAUUCCCCUCCUUUGUUUCUUUAAACAGCUGCAAUUUUGUGCCAAC